AUGCCGCGCUGGGUCGACAACUACCUGGACAAGCUCGGAUCAGUGCUCAAGAAAGGUGGCUGGAGGGACAGGGAGGUGGACGAGAUGGUCGAGGUGGCCGCCUCGGGAAUGUUCGACGGCGAGGAGGCUCCGCCAGCCGUAGACGCGGAGGCCGUGCUCGACACACUGCUGCUGAAGACAGACCGGUGCUCAGAGUCCCUCAGGCGAGCCGGGCGCGGCCACGGCCACGGUCACCGGGAGCUGGUGGUGGGCACGAUGGGCAGUGGAAGCUCCGGCGCGCUCAAAGUGUUCAACGACACGAGAUGCCAAACCUGA